ACACACAGACAUGUACAUACACACACAGAAACAUGUACGCACAGAGACACAUGUACACACACACACACAUGUACAUACACGCAGACACAUGUACAGAUACACACAUGUACACACACACACACACACACCCCCUCCAUAAAAAGUUGCCGUACUUUGUUGUUCACUCACAGAGCCGGGUACUGCACUCUAGGGGGAGGCAGAGAGCACAGCACACACUCCUUGCUUUGCUUUCACUGCGCUCAGCUAUUGAGCAGUCUGAUGGCUCCAAGUGCUAAUGACAGAUCCGGCCUGAGCUCUGAGCCUGCUCAGCAAAACGGCCCUGGGGGACACACUCGCCCCCAUCAUAAUUUCCACUCGCCAUUGGCGAGCAGGCAAAUGGAAAUUUCAAGCCCUACUGUA